CAAAGAUGGCUGCGAACGUACAGUCUUUGGUACAGUACUGGAAAAACUUCGACUUACCACAGAUUCAGAAAGCCCUUGAUGUCACUGCUACAGAGUUGGCCAACAGACAAGAUGAGAGUGACAACUCCAGGAAAAAACUCGUUGAGCUCAGCAGAGACUUCAAGAAAAACUCGACUGAAGACAUAAGAAAAGCUGUGGUGCCACUAUUGAAAAGUUUCCAAGCCGAAGUGGAUAGUUUGUCCAAGAGAAGUAAAGCAGCCGAAGCGGCCUUCCUUACCAUCUACAGAACCUUCAUCGAACUUCCAGAUCCUGUUCCCGCCCUCGAACACUACCAAGUGCUUCUGCAGCGCACGAUGCGAAUACAAGAUUUGGAAAUCGAAAACAGACACCUGAGAGAAACUCUUAAUGAUUACAGUAGGGAAUUAAAAAGCGUUCGCAAUCAAGAGGUGACAAUCAAACUGUUGCGGGAGAAGGUCAGGGAGUUUGAAGACAAAGAAGAGUCCAUUGUACAGGAAAAGGCCGAAGAAAAGGACCCAGAACUCCUCCAUCUUUUUGAUGAGAAGGAAAGCGAUCCACUGGGGUCCGAGUACGCUAUCAAAUCGAAUCUCGAGGAAGCCGAGACCAAAGUUGCCCAACUCCAAAGUGCCUUGGAUAGAUCUCAAUCAGAACUUUUUGAUUUAAAAUCCAGAUAUGACGAAGACUCGAACGCCAAGUCGGAUGAAAUGGAAAUUAUCGUAAAUGACUUGGAAAGAGCAAAUCAGAGGGCAGCACUAGCCGAGAAGGAAGUGAAUCAUCUGAAAGAUCAACUAGCUGCCGCCAAACAGUCUCUCCAAUUGGCUGAUCAGAUCCAGAAGGCUCCUGACAUGGAGCAGGCUGUUGACGUUGUAGCCCGGUCUUCCCUAGAGUUAGAGCUCGCAUCCAAGGAAAAGGAGAUCUCUCAGUUGGUUGACGAUAUUCAAAGGUUACAAGCUAUACUCAAUACUUUACAAGAGACAAGUGCCUCGAAAAUUGCUCAACUCGAAGAACUGGUCAACGAAAAAGACAAGAUGAUUGUUGAACUGGGUGAGAAAUUGGUUAGACAGCAAGACUACGACGAAAUUAAGAAAGAAUUGAGCAUUCUAAAAUCCAUAGAGUAUGUAAACUCCAGGGCAUGGGAAAGUAGAGAUGAAAACAAAAAUCAAAGUGACAAACCUCCCGAUUUGACAAAAGAGAAUCAUAAAUCUGUUCACACAGAUAACAAUACAGUCAAAUCUAUAAAGACAGAAGAAAAUGGUUCUUCCCAAAGUUACCCCCUUCACAGCGUGGACAGCUUCGGUACGAUGCUGGGCCAAGAGAUAGUCACUAACUAUGCUCAAAAUGUGGCUAAGGAAGAAGUCUGCAGUCGACCCUCUUCCCCAGUGUCCAAAAGUAGUGGCGACUGCUACCCACCGUCAUCGACCACCUCCAUCACUAGCACCAACUCUCACGAGGACAGAAAGCCCUCACCUCCCAUAUUGGAGGCUGCCUCUCCCACAUCGGCGGUCAACUUGACCUCUGAAAGGUCUUCCCCUUCAUCAACCACCCACCAACCUUCAAUCAAAGAACUCGCCUCUCCUGUCAAUUGUGACAACAGCGCCAACUCCUUGGGCAAUCUCCAGGAGUGUCUGAGGCACAACAUCGACAAAUACGCUAACGAGACACUCAACACUCUGAACAUUGCCCGGUGUGUCAGAGAACUGUUGAGCGUGCACAACAUUGGUCAAAGACUGUUCGCCAAGUUUGUGCUCGGACUUUCACAAGGUACCGUCAGCGAACUGCUGUCCAAACCCAAACCGUGGGACAAAUUGACUGAAAAAGGACGAGACUCAUAUCGAAAGAUGCACGCAUGGGCAUCUGAUGACCAGUGCAUCAAUAUGUUGAAGACACUCGUGCCACGAAGAGUGGCAGAAAGAAAAUCAAGCCUUCUUUCUUCUCCACCAGGCAAAGACUGUGUCGGCGGCUCUGGAGGAGGCGGAGUGUCUUCAUACAAGUCUGAUGACCAAGGAGCAGAGGAGAGAAUAGCACAAAUCCUCAACGAGGCACAGAUGGCUAUGAUGAAACAACAGGAGCAAAAGAGUCCAAGCUCCUUGCUGCCUAAUGGCAACAGUGGCGAAAACAGAUCUGUGGACAGUUGUGAUGAAAUCCGUGGUGACAGAGAAGGAAAUGACUCUAAACUGAAUCAUGGAAACUCAAGAGACGCAUCAAAUGCCAGCGAUAAGUCUUUCAGGCGAUCCCGAAAAUAUGAGAACGAUGACAUACCUCAGGAAAUGGUAGCUAGAAUUUAUCAGGAGGAGCUUGCCAAACUUAUCGGACAGCGUGUUGAAGAAGGUUUCAGAACGCCCAGAGAUCAGUUUGAGAGAACGCAGGAAGAGAUUCGACAAGCUUUAACCAUAUACCACCAAGAGCUAACGAGGUUAUCUCAUUUAAUGCCUCCGAAUCAUCAUCCAAAUUUUAAUCCAUUUUCGGCUAACGGCAGUUCUUACAAUUUAUCCCACCUACAUAACAAUAACAGUAGUAGUUCGACAAUAAAUAAUAACCCAAAUAAUGUCAAUAACGGUCAGACUCACCAAGAAUGUCCUGUGGAUGCAACUAUUGGUAGUAGGUCUAGAUCAGAAUCGAAAAAUAACGGUGGUUCAGGUAGAGAGGAGCCAGAGAUGAGACAUCAUGGAAGUGCCUUCUCACUCGUAAGGCCUAAGACCGAGCCUAAUAUUUCUUCUUCCAUGAAUUCUAAAUCUUCAUCAACCCCAACUCCUGGCUCAUAUCGCCAUCAUAGUCCGUCUCCCGCCCCACCUGCCUUGUUGCCUUUGUCCGAUUCUAAGACUUCGAGUCCUGGUGCUCCGCAGAGUAGUACUGAGGAUCUAACCACAUCGGCCUCACCCUUGCAGCGAAUGCAGUCGAUCACCAAUUCUUUAUUGUCUCAAUCAUCUUUACCAUCUCUGCCGAACCCACCUCAAAGGCCCGCCAAAGCUGUUCUUCCUCCCAUUACUCAGCAGCAAUUUGAUCAGUACAAUAAUGUCAACACUGAAGACAUUGUUAAAAAGGUCAAAGAACAGUUGAGCCAGUAUUCCAUCAGCCAGAGGUUGUUCGGAGAGAGCGUACUAGGACUGUCUCAGGGAUCCGUGUCCGACCUGCUGGCACGCCCCAAACCAUGGCAUAUGCUCACGCAAAAAGGACGAGAACCCUUCAUCCGUAUGAAAAUCUUUCUCGAAGAUGAGAACGCUGUGCACAAACUAGUGGCCUCACAAUAUAAGAUAGCACCCGAAAAACUCAUGAGAACGGGCAGCUUUGGAGGAGCCACGAAUCCUCAAGGCAUCAUGUCUUUUGGUGGGUCCAAUAAAAUGAGCCCUCGACCCAUGGACAACAACCUUCGAACUCCGGACAAUCGCCAGCUCACUCAAAACAACUCAGUGUACUCCUCUCAUAACCACACACCUCGUUCUGUGUGUGUUACACCAGAUACCAUGCCUAUGUCGCUGACCGUCACCUCUUCCAAUACCCCAGUCACCCACAGCAGGAAGACCCCAAGUUUGUCACGAGGGUACAAUCAGCCCUCUGUGUACGAAAUGGCAGCUCUCACCACCGAUCUGGAUACACAGAUCAUCACUUCAAAAAUUAAGGAAACACUCAUGGCGCACAAUAUAGGACAGAAAAUAUUCGGUGAAGCUGUUUUGGGUUUGUCCCAGGGUUCAGUAAGCGAGUUGUUGUCUAAACCGAAACCGUGGCACAUGUUGAGUAUCAAAGGCCGAGAACCUUUUAUUCGAAUGCAAAUGUGGCUAAACGAUCCUCAUAAUGUAGAAAUGUUACAGACACUGAAAAAUGAGAGGAGAGAAGCAAAUAAACGCCGCCGAACGGGAGAAGGACCUAUGGACAGUCCACGAAGCCAGUCAGAUGGUGGCCAAAUGUACAACAGCUACAGUUUCGCACCACCGUCUCCGUACCCUCCUGCCAAGAAACCACGUGUUCUGUUCACCGAGGAACAGAAGGAAGCCCUCAAACUGGCUUUCUCACUGGAUCCUUACCCUAGCACGGCCACCAUCGAAUUUCUUGCCAAUGAACUCACCUUGUCGGUACGGACUAUCACCAACUGGUUCCACAAUCAUCGCAUGAGAAUGAAACAGCACACAUCUGACGACGAACACAGCAGGAAAGGUUCUGACCUUUCUUUGCCUCCACCAGUAAGGGAAGGCAUGGCCUUCGAACCAGUGCAGUAUCGUCUUCUCUUAAAUCAGAGAUUAGCUGAAAAGUGCAGAGAGAAACAGCCUCAAUUCGCUCCUUACGGUUCAAACAUGCCCUAUUUGUACUCACCUUAUCGCAACUGUUCCCCUCUUUCUUCAUCUGGAGAUGAUGUGGGAACAUUGGACUUGAGCAUGUCUAGUCAAUUACGGAAUGCCAUGAACAGCGGGGUGAAAGCGGAUACUACCAAUGGCAGCAGCACAGAUGACCGCUCCAACAGUGAAAUAAAUGACGAUUCCAAUCUGUCCCAGGACAAUCUGAUGCAAGGGGACAACAGUGACCGAGACUCCAUCGAUGAUGGACAGUCCAAUAAUCAUCGCGAAGCAUCUCCUCUAAGGCCACCUGCUCCCAGUGAACAGGUAAGGCCAACAACAGGAGGUGGAAGCAGCAAUAGGCGCAAACCAGCAAUGCCCCAGUGGGUUGACCCUGGUUUAGAACUAUCUCCCGACAACACAGACGAUGAGGAUGACGGACUCGAUGAUGAAGAUCGUCUGGGUGACGAAAGUGCAACUGAACAGGAAGAGAUCAUCAAUGGUGUGUGCGUGCGACAAACAGAAGAUUUUGAUUUGCUCAUGUCGCCCAGAGUUGAGACUGUCCAUGUGCUGCCUGUACCAGCACCGGAUGAAAGGUCUUCGUCUAAGUGCCACACAAAUCGCAACGAAAAAAAUCGAAGGACUGCAAUGGUAAGUCCCGAUCGGUCGGACAAUGAGGUUGAAGGUUUGACAAAUGGUGUAGGUGACCGCGAUACUUCCGAAUCGAAUGCAAAAAGCAAACUUUUGUGCGCGAGAGACAGUGCCACGCUCAAAAAACCCGUCUUCCUGGAAGAGCAGGACGAUGACGACGAUGAAAGUUGGGAUGAUGCAGAAGCCAAGGACAGGCGUAAAAACAUUGAGAAACUUCAACAAAGGUUGGAAAAAGAAGAUGUGGGUGAAGAUUGGGAAUUUUGAACUGUGCAAAUGGCAGCAAAAGUGUUUCCUUUUCUUUGCACCUUCGAUGUGCAAUAACAUCGAAAGUUUGGUGAAACAUUAGAACUCCUGAGAGAAGGAUGGACGUUCAUUUUUCACCGUUAUAAAAACAAAAAACAAAUCACAUAAGAAAUCGCACCAUAGUUUUCCAAAUGGAACAUUAUCCCGGUGUAAUAAAAAGAGUGGCCUUAAAUUCAUUAAUUCUUGGAAGAUUGACGAAAUGAAUGAAUGAAUUUCAAAAUGUUUGAGAACCGUGAAAUGAACCAAAAAAAAGUUUUUUCUCUCUUUCUCUGUCUUCGAAAUGUGACGAUUUAAGGGGCUGAGAUUUUUUGCAAUGUAAUGUGAUAAAUAAUUCUAUUUCUCCACUUUUACAGUUCUCACGCCUUGUCAUGUUUCAGCACACAGAUUUUGCUCAGCCUGUUGAACAACCCCAUUAUAAACAAAACGACACUACUCUUAAAGUAUAACAAAAUGAGCAACGCAAUGAGCACGAGCUUAAAAAAAAUAAAAAUAAAAUUGUUUCUUCUGCUUGCAGCAUGCUUGUGUUUUGAGUAUGAAUUGACGACUUUGACAGCUGGAUGCAAAGAAACAACUCAACCGUUGGAUGAUGUAGUACCUCACUUGUGUAUGUUUUGUGUUGUACUCUGAUCUCUUCCCCCGUGCGUGUUGAAGACAGUCUCCAUUUUAAUCGAUAAUUUUAUUUCAGAAUCGAUAUUUAUGUAGCCGAUUCGGUUUCGCCCCUCCGAAGUAUCGACUCAUCUUGGUGCAAUAUUGAAACGCACCGGUGAAAAAGUAGUGUAUAUAGGAAAUCAAGGGUAGCGAAAAGCACACACUGCUAUGCCAGACUGUAAGCAGUAUAAAUUACAGUUCGUUUCAAAGGAAUCAAAAGUUCACCCUUCUUUAAAACUUCAUUUUUAUUUUUGCUUUUUGAUGUAUAAAGAAUUGUAAAACGCAGAAAAUAGCACAGAACUUUUUUCUCCUUUCCUCAAUUACGUUUUAUGAAUUUCUAUAUAUAUAUAACAGAGUUUUUCCUUCCCCUUAAAGAAGCAUUUGUGUGUUCGUCUUGCACAAGUUAUUGUAAAUCUUUGAACACUACUUUAAAUGUUGUCUCUUUUUCUACCCAUUUUGGAAACAUUUCGAUCUCUUAUUGUACGUUAUCGUGUUUUUUGGGUCCUUUACAACCUUGUGACACAAUAUAUUAUUACAACGAUGCCUUUCUUCAUAGUGCACCUGAAUGCCGGCAGGUGGUUCUUCUUGCAAAAUGGCUACCGACCCAACAGAACUGAGGAGGCGGCAAUAUGAAUUCACCGUCUCAAAUUCUAUUUAUGGUCUUAGGACUAGAUCAUCUCUAGUCGUUUGGUUUUGAAGAUAAAAACGCAUUUAGUUUGACACCGUGUAAAUAUUUGUUUCAUAUUUUAACUUUUGAGUGUUCUUGUCUGUAAGAUGUGCCCCAAACUGUAAAGAUCUUCUGUCUUUUCGGGUUUGCUGACAAAAGGGAUUAUUUAGAGUUUCAAUCAGCAAAAUUCUUUUUCUUUCUGUAGAACAAUUUCAUUUCUUUUGCCUUUUUUUUUAUUUUUAAUCAUACUUAUUCAUGAAUUGCAUUAAAUAUCGUAUUAAAAGGACUAUAGAUUACAAAUUUGAAGUCCUAGUUUAAUUUAUUUCAGCAAAAUAAUCAAAGAGACUUGGCAAUUAAUUUAUUUGUUAUGUGAGACAGAUUCCAUUUUACGAUUUAUGCUGGUAAACAAGCAAAACUGUUUUACAUAAUUUCUAACAUUCAUUGAAAAUGCUAAUAUUCAAAAUGCAUCAUUUAAUUUUCAGUAUAGUGCUUGGUAAAAAUAAUUUUUUCCCUUUAAAUUCUAAAUUUAUUGAAGCAUUAUUAUUUACUCUCAUAAUUAUUCAUAAUUUACUAACUUUUUUAAAUUUCAAGAAAAUUACGAAAAAUAUAUUUUUGAAUAUACUCCUUACUAAUCACCGUGAAUAUUUUAAACCCUAUUCACCAUUUGGAAGUAAAUAAUAUUAAUCUUGAAAAUAAAUGAACGUUGUUUAUCCUAAUUUGUCCUUCAAAAGAUGGAAGAUCUUUUACCUCCCCACUCCUGUUGCUCAGUCCAUUUAUACUGGUGCCAAUUAACAAGUUAAAAAAAACUUCACAUUUUCUCUGUUUUUCCCCGAACUUGUUAAAAUCCAAAUCCUUCCAAAUAUUUGACGCAGAAGGAUUUUAAAAAAAAUAUCUUUCCUGUGUUGUGAAACAGUUCUUUUUUAUAUGAUGCAUGUAAUGCCUGCUUCACAUUUGUUCUCAUGUAUUGUUGAUAUAUUUAAAAGAGUGCAGAAAGUUUGGGGAUGUGCUUGCAUUCAUUAUUAAGUAUUAUUGAGUAUAACUCACAGUAUUGUGUUGAGCACAAAUUUUUAUCGGUUGUUUAGCUUAGUGAAAAAAAAUAUUUUAAACUCCAGGGCACGCAAUCAUCUUCACGAUUUUAAAUUCCCCCUCUUGCAAGUGUCUUUCAUGAGAGCUUUUCUAGACGCUUAGAGAAUUGAUUAGAUUAGAUAGAGGUUUCAGCGUUGACGUCUUGAGACAUUCUCUUCUAAAAAAUAAAAUAUUCAAUUUUUAAAAAAAUUUCAGAUGAAAAAAAAAUGAUUUUUUUUCCUUCUUCUCUUCUAAUUUAGCUUAUGGCUCUAAAAAAUAAUUUGAUUAAAAUAUUUUUAUUACAAAAUUCUUCUAGACAUUGUAGAAUUCUACACAGAAUCAUAAGAAUUAAAAUUAUAAAAUUAUUUUUUGCUUCCUUCUUUUAAAAAAUUAAUUAAAAAUUAAUUUGAAUUUUUUAAAAAUUAUCUUUUAGAAAUGACAUAUUUUUAAGGUUUUGAAUGUACUUUGGAAGCUCUAUGUGUGAAUAUCGAAAAAAGUUAUUUCAUGCUAAAAAUUUGAUCCAAAAAUCCAAAUUUGAAUCAAAACCAUCAAAAUCAAUCAACUGAAAAUAUUGUAUAUUCCAAUUUUUUCAACGUUCUUUUUCUUUCUUACGUAUAAUUAUCAAAAAGAGUUUGUAAAUAUAACAUGAAUAAAUUUUGCAAAGCAAGAUAAAGAUAGUAAUACAGACACAUGUUCAUUCACUUUUUCCCAAUAACCAAAUUAAAAAUAUGUUAAGAAAAACUGUUCUUUUUUUCCCUUCAUUCAUGGUUAUUUAUUAAAUACAGUUAAAAUGAUUAUAAAAUAAUUUAAAAAAAUAUUUUACCUAUAUAUUUAGAGUAAAUGCUAUUAUGAAGUCGUAUCAAAUUCAUAUUUCUACACAACUGAAUUUUUAGCGAACUAGAAUAGAAUUUUUUAUAUCUUUAACUAUUCUUUGAACAAAAGAAAAAUGCAUUUAAGAAUAAAUUUAUCUUAGGAAUGUGUGUAUAAUACUCAAAACUUUUCCGAAUUAUUUAGUUUUAAAAUCUUAUAUGCCGUGCAUUAAAAUUAAUUCUUGCUACACAGAGCAGACGAUAAAUUAGAAUUGUUUUAAAAUUAAAUCGUUUGCUAAUAAAGAACAGCCGCCAUUUUCCUCUCUAUGGCUUUAAUCGGAAAUGCCCUUGAUUGUCUUGCGUCUCAAAGACUCAUGUAAGAGGUAAAACUCGUGUAUUUUUCGCUGUCACAGAUUAAAGUGAAGAAAAAAAAUUUCAUCAGAAUUUUCAUGUUUAUUGUAUUGUAAAAUAAAAAAAAAAGUACGCAGGCUUAUGGACUGCCAUGUUGUUUUCUAACCUGAAUGUAAGUUUUUGUGUUCUGUGUUUGUAGACGAUGGAUUGAGAAUCCUUUAUGGUGCUCUUAUGUGUAACAUUUGUUAUAUCUUUCGAAAAAUGUAUGAUUACUCUUUAUCAUAUUAUAUAAUCUAUUUCUCUGUUUGAUGUAUUAGUUUGCACUGGUUUAUAUUUCUCCUGUCUUGUGGUUUUAAACAUUUGUUGCAAAUGAAAAAAAGCAAUUGAUUCAUUAUUAAUGAUGUAACAAGUUUAUGAUUUUGAAUUGUUGUCUAUUCAGUUAUAAUAUUUAAUUUAUUGAAUUGAUUUCUCGUAAACUGGUGAUGGGCAGGUAACAAAUAAUCGUCUUGCUGUUAUUGUUAAUUUCGUUAGAUCUUUUACUUGUUCAAAAUUCAUUCGUUACUUUUUAUUCUUUAGUUUGGAGUUGAAACUCAAGAAAAUGCAAUAUUUCCGUGUGAAAUGUAUUAUACAAUGGCUUACAAAUGAGUAUAUGAUGAAACAUGUAUAUUAUUACAUUAUUAAGUUAAUGAACUGUAAGUAUUUAAUUUUUGAAAAAUGAUGCUUUAUUCAUUUUUUGAGAUGAUAAAAAUGUAUUUUUUUUUCUUAAUAAUGUUUUUUGAAAAGACAUUGUACAUAAUUCACUUCGAAAUAAUAUUUUAGAUUCAAUAAAAUGCUUAAACCAACUUGGUUUUAAACAUUUUUGUUUUGUUUUAUUUUAAUUACAUUUCUUUAAUAUUUAUUAUAAAUUAUUUUUUAACAACUUUUCAUACUCUAGUAUCUGUCACCAGUUUACUUCUUUUCAAUUUCUGCUUGUCAUUUUAAACGCUUAUGUAACUUCUUUUUCUCUCUGCUUUGAUUUGUUCCCUUAAAAAAAAUAUUUUUCUUUUUUUGUCUUAGAGACACUAACUGAUAAAUUAGAAGUAAUGAACCUUUCUUUCUCAACGAAACUGUGUGAGGUGCUAUAUGCAAAGUCAAGCAUUUGUUCUUUCAUAAAAUAUGUUAUUGCUGUAAAAAGAAUAAUAAACAAAGAACCUACCCAUAAUGCAUCUAGGAAAAGUACUGCGAAGAUUUUCUUAAUAAGACUUAUUAAAAUUUUUGGAAAUUGUAUUCAAAUUUUUUAAAACAGUCUAAAUAUAUUUUCUAAGAAAUCAUAAAAUUUUACAUGAAGAUGAUGUAUUUAAAAAAAAAGUUCUGUAAAUAUAAAGAACUGUAUAAUAUUUAAAUUUUGAAAAUAAUAUUAUGCAUAAAAAGUAAUAUAAUUCUCUUGGACAUUUUUUUAUUGAAUUUCAAACAUGCUAUUAAAGAACGAAAUUCUCUUUUGAUGUUUUAAGUUUUUCUAAUUUUCAUUGCUUCUAAUCAAACAAGAAAACAGACUGACAAAUUACAGAAAAAUGAUUUUUGUUCAAAUAUAAAUAUUAAUGAAUAUUUUAAAUUUGUAUUAAGCAAUAAUCUAUUCUCUUGACGAAUAGUUUAGUUUAAAGUAAACUCAAAUUUUAGAAAGCGUCAUUCAACAACAAAUAAAAACCGUUUCUUGUUUAUUCUACCAAAAAUGUCUAAUAUUUAUUUUAAGCAUUAUUAAGCAAAUAUCUGAAUAUUUGACUAGCUAAAAGUGCUGAUAACUUUGCAAAAUAUUUUUCUUUCGAAAUUAUUAUUCUAAUAAUUUCUAUUUUUCAACCCAAAAACUAAUCGGCAAUAUUAACAAAUUGAAUAUAAAUUUAAAAUUCAAAGUUAUACUGAAAUUUAAAGUAAUUAUUAUUAAUUUACUUUGGAAUCCCAUAUGAUGACAAUCCACACUGAGAUCAUUAAAUAAAUAAAACAAACAGAUGCGGUUCUUGUAAAAUAGAAGUUAUGUUUGAGUUUUUUUCUUUUAUAUAGCAAAAUAAAAUUUCUUAUUGUAUAAAGCUAAAUAAAUUCAAAAAUGGCUUUUUAGAUAACAGAUAAGUAGCAUUUUAAUAGAAUUUUUUUUAUCUUUUCGCUUCUUUAUUAUUAUCUCUUUUCUAGGAAUAAUAUCCACACUAAACGUUUACUUAAUAAAAUGACAUAAAAAAAGUCAAUAAAGUAAUUCAAUGCUUUAUGAAAUAUUUACUAAUGGAACAAAAUUUCUGAUUUAAAACUUAAGGUUACUUGUUAUUUGAGGCUCUAAUAGUUUUCGUAACUAUUAUUUUGAAUACAUUAAAAUUAUUAAAGAUAGAAAUAGCUCGUAUCUGAGCAAUAAUUGAACUAUAAAUUGAAUUGAGAUUUUCGAAAUUGUUAUAGUAAAUCAAACACGAGAAACUUUUCCUGGAUGCAAUCGCUUUUGUAAUUCAUCCUAAGAUUUUCAGAAAACUUUUAAUUCCAUUUAAAACUGAUUUUGAAUGACCUGUUAUCCUUUUGAAAAAUUACUGAUUUAAUCAAUCGUAAAUAUAUUCUAUUUACGUUAAGAGUAUCUGCAUUAUCUUAAAAGAAAAAAAAAAAUCUUGCUUAUUUUGUAUUGAUUAUAGUCUAUAGGUUUUCAUGUUAGCAUUAUAAUAGCACCUAAAAUUAUUUUGGCGAAUAAUUUGGCUAUCUUCCCCCAAAACUCAAUUUUUAUUCGCCAUCAAAAGUCAAUUUUAAAGUAAUGAAGACAAAUCUUGUGCUCACUCUAUUUCAUUCUUUUUUUUUCUCCUGUCAUUUUAAUAUCCAUUUCUCUGUGAUGGCAUAUGUUACAAAUAUAUAUUAUGAACUUACAUAUAUUAUAUAUAAAUAUAUAUACAUAUAUAUAUAAAUCUCUGUAAAUAAUUCAACUGCUUUUUUUUUUCCAAAUAUUCGAAUUUACACUCUCAACUUUUCACUUGUAUGAUAACGCAACUCUUUUUUCAAUUCAUUCAUUCCCAUUUUUCCCCAUUCCCCUUUUUUCCGUAGUAAAAAGUAAUAAAAACAGAAGAUAAAAAAAAAAUCUCGGCUGUCUAGCCGACUAUAUUUGCACAAACAAAAUCUUCUAUAAAUACCAAACUUUUUAUGUCAAACUACACUGACUUUUCGCAGAGAAUAAAUAUUAUAGAGGAGCCUUGUUCGAACGCUCACUCGAAUUUUGUGAUUUUUUCCAUCAUGUGUGUUUUUUCUUCCCCCAAUUUCGGGCGGGAAAAAAAAUUUUCUUUCUCGCCACUGUUUUAACAAACUUUUUUCAAUUAUUCUCUAGUAGAGAGACGUAAGGUAGCAGUACAAUGUAAUAUUUCAUCAAAUACCUUUGCCUUGUAUUGCAGGCUAUUUUUAUCUAAGCCCCUUUUCCUCCGAAACUCCGUUCAAUGUCUUCUAAGCUUGCUCUGAUAUAUAUGAAAAACGGAAGCCUGUAUGUUUGAUAUUCAGAUUGAUAUUACUAUUUUUAUUCCACUUUCAAAUGAUAAUAAACUUAAAUCUUCUCAGCCA